AAUUAAAUCAAAAAAAUAUUUUUAGAAUUUUAUCAAACAGCCUUUGAAAGCGAGUAAACUACUCUGUUCGACGACUCCAAUUCAGCAAACCCUAGCAAAAUGGAAGACGAGACCAAUCACAACGCCGUCGCCGGUGCCGGUGCCGGCGCCAAUGACGACGACACUCCGACGCUGAGUGCGCAUGCUCUAGAAGCUCUCAAAGAGUUCCUCUCGGAACAGAACCGCUCAGUCGCCGCAGACAACGACGGAGCUACGGCGGCGGAGGAGAAAGAGGUGGCGUUAGUGACGGAGGACUGGCGGCUCAGCCAGUUUUGGUACGACCGUGAAACGGCGGAGACAGUUGCGAGAGAAGUUCACGCACUGUAUACGUCCAUGGAGGAUCCACCUUCUGUUGCCUGUAUUGCUUGCCCUACUCUCUACGUUUAUCUCAAGAAACUGCACCCUGAUUUGCCUGUGCAACUUCUGGAAUACGACAAGCGAUUUGAGCAAUACGGGAAUGAAUUCACUUAUUAUGAUUAUAACGAACCAUUAGAGCUCCCAUCGUCAAUGAAGCAGUCAUUGAGUAUCAUUGUCGCAGAUCCUCCUUACCUGAGCCAGGAAUGCUUGGAAAAAGUAUCCGAAACAGUUAGUUUUCUUAAGAAACCUGGAGAAUCAUACUUGCUUUUACUCACAGGUGCAGUGCAGCAUGAUCGAGCAGCGCAACUUCUAGGUCUGCGUCCAUGUGGGUUCCGCCCACAGCAUUCUAGCAAGCUUGGAAACGAGUUCCGCCUCUUCACGAACUACGACCCUGGGUUGAGAUUAGGCGGUUGGGAGCAAGAAGAGUCGUAGCGUCGUUUUAAUGUUGUUUAGACUCUGAACUCGUCUUGAUAAGUGGUUUUGUAACCUUUUGAGUGUAUGUUAACAUAAUAUUUAUUUCGGCAUCUUCAUAUAUAUUAUAACUUACUACAAGCAACACAUUUAUAAUA